GACUGACACUUCUCCUUUUCUGACCUCCCUCCCUCCCAGAAGUCCAAACCCUAGCCGGCUACACCUCGCGAUCCAAUCCGCACCUAACCCACCCGCAGAGAUUUCGGCGGCCAAUGUCCCCGCCGCCGCCACCGCGGUCUCCACGCGCCCUCUCUAGCUAGCUAGCUAGCUGUAAGCUAGCGCUCACCCCUCACGGCCUAAGAAUCCGCGACGCCCCGGCGACCCCGAGUGUCGGCCGGCCGGCGGCCAUGAGCAGCGCGUCCAACAGCGCGUUCAGCGAGGAGAUACUCGCCGACAAGCUCGCCAAGCUCAACAACACGCAGCAGUGCAUCGAGACGCUGUCGCAUUGGUGCAUUUACCAUCGGAAGGAUGCAGAGCUAAUUGUCCAGACGUGGGCCAAGCAGAUCCAAAGCUCUGGAAAUGAACAGAAGGUCCCUUUCCUUUACCUUGCUAAUGACAUCCUGCAGAACAGCAAGCGCAAUGGCACCGAGUUUGUAGAAGAAUUCUGGAAGGUGCUCCCAAGCACGCUCAAGGAUGUAGCUGAAAAGGGCGACGACCGGGGGAAGAAGACUGUCUCUAGGCUGGUUGAUAUAUGGCAAGAAAGGAGGGUUUUUGGUUCACGUGCUGGGGGCAUCAAGGAUGUGAUGCUUGGAACUGCUCCCCUGCCUGUAUUGGAUAUGACCAAAAAACGCUCUCAGAGCUCAGCCAUAAGGAUUGUUAAAAGAGAUUCACGUUCUGUAAAGCUGAGACUAGGCGUUGGAGGAACUGCUGAGAGAAUUGUAUCGGCAUUGCAUACUGUUCUCAGUGAACAAGCAGAUGAAGAUGCUGACCUGGAAAACUGCAAGUCAUCUAUGCGUCAUGUUGGAAAGAUGGAGAAGGAUGUUGACAGUGCAUGUAGCAAAGCUGAUGAUCCUCGCCGUGAGCCUCUUUGCACAAAAUUAAAGAAUGAGGAGGAUAGCAUGAAAAAAUGCAUUGAAAAGCUGAAAGUAGUUGAAGAAAAUAGAGCAGCUGUUGUGUCUGAAUUGAAAGAGGCAUUGCAGGACCAGGAAUCUGAGCUGGAGAAGGUUCGAACUCAGUUGCAGCUCGCGGAAGCAAUGGUAGAAGAAGCAGCCAACAUGCAACGGAGACUCAACAAUGAGCCAAUCGUUCCAUCUUCCAAGCUAGCAUCAUCUAAUGGGCAAGUAAAGGGCCAGCAGAAGACAGCUGCUGCUAUCCUUGCGGACAAGAUCGCAGCAUCAUCAAACUCACAGCAGAUACUCCAGUCUGCACUCUCUAAGUUUGCUGCGGAAAAUUCAUCUGACAUACGCUCAGAUAAGAGGAUUAAAGUCGAUCAAUCCUCACAGGUCCCAAGCGUUGCAAAUGCUGCUGCCUUUGUACCAAUGCCACCAAUGGUCACCACAACAGCACAGCAGCCCCAGACAAUAUUGGUACAGCAAACUCCUGUCCAAAGCCAAGCUCCUGCACCUCAGCCUCAAUACAAUAUCUACCAGGCCCCUCCACAGCACUUUGUCCAGCAGCCAGGAGGUUUAAUGAUGGGCAUGCCAUACACCAUGAACACAAUGAAUCCGCCGCCACCACCGCCACCUCCGCAGAUGAUGAACCUAGCAAGGCCCUCUCCUUCAACACCUCAGCCACAAAUGGGUGUAAUGACACAGCCACAGCAGCAACAACCUGGACAGCAGAUGCUUCAGCAGCAAAUGCAGAUGAAUGUAGUGCCCCCGAUGCAGUUCACACUUCAACAGUCCGGUGCACCACCUUUCAGGCCUUUGCAGCCACCUCCAGGAAUGCAAUUUUUCCAUCACCAAUCUCAGUGAAAUUUUUGGUAGACUUUCCAGCUCUAUUAAACUGUGAUAGUUUCCAGUUUAGUAUUGACUGGUAGAGAGGAACUGACAGCUGUAGGAGGUAUACCAUUUUGUUUCUCAUUUCGUGAAGUUGUUGUACAUGUAACUUGAGGGAGCAAAGUGCUGUUGACAUA